CCGCGACAGCCGAGCGGUCUGUACGUUUCGUGUUGUAUCGCGCGCUCCGGGAUAAUCUACAAGUGUCGAGGAGAGAAAGAGACAGAGAGAGAGAGAGAGAGAGAGAGAGAGAGAAAGAGAUUUGACCGGGCACACGUGCGCCGUGUUUUCUCUGAGAAACGAGAACGCGUUCGCGGAGAAGGAGCAGUUGCGGCGGCGUCCACCCGCACGUGUUUUUCCUGUGUAAAUCGGGAACUAUCGUUGCCGGGCGUCCCCUGUAUCGAGGGAACGAAUAACGUGCGUGCGUGCGUGCCAACGUACGUGCGCAUCGAUGCACGCGAUCACCCCGAACACGUGAGAACGGCGGUCAGUUUACUUCAAAACACUCGUCGCGCGAGACGUUAUUUGUUUACGCCACGGAGGGCAGUGGCGCCGCGCCGCGUCUCACCUCUCUCCCUUCCAUCGCGCCCCCGCGCUUUCUCUCGGGCGGGAAGUCGAGUUUGCGACGAACGCGCGAGGAGGUAGGACGAUGCGUCGCCCAGCUCACACGACGCCACGCCGUCGUCGACGAUAAUAAACGGGAUCUCGCGCUUUGCGCGGUGCAGGAGAGGUGCGUGUUGUGUCGUGUAUCGAGUCGCGAAAAUCGUCUCCGGUCGCUACGGGGAUUGGGAAGCGAGUGCUGCUCCGAGUGCCACCUGUCGCGGUCGGUACCGUACGGUGAGGGGGGGAAAGGUAGACGUUCUCCGUCGAUACGUUUAAUUUCGGCAAAGGGGCACUUGGUCGGGUCUCAUCCCCCGUCGCCGUCGGGUCUCACUCGCACGCGAAAUCACGCCCGUCGCGUCGCGUCGCGUGCGUUGCGGGCCCCCCCCCGUCUUCUAUAAGUAACAGUACUUCCUCGCGCUCAGUGGAAUAAAGCCUCUUUCCGUGGAACGGACCCACCGCGCUCUCCACCUCGCGCGUCCCGUCUCGCUCGCUCCCGCGCGCGAACGCUCGCCGUCCCGUGCUAACGUUCGCGAAGUAGUCUGGCCGGUCGCGGGCACGAGGGAGCCUCCCGUGAAACCAGUCUUCGCGUACGCGUACGCGCCGGACGCUCCUCCACACGUACCGGAGCAGAGGAGGAGGCUGCGGUCGCGGAUCGCACGGCGUGGCCAGCCAGGUGCCCCUCCCCUCCGCCGCCCGCCGGACGUACCUGCUCUGCGAGGAUUUUCGGAACGAUUGACUCGAAGGGACAGAGGAUCGCCGACGACAAUUUUGCGGAUCUCGAUCGCGCGAGAGGAAGAAGCCGCACAUCACCGCCAUAUUUGACGCUUUUCGAAACGCCCGCGAAAACGCCUGCGAGGAAGGACGGGGGAACAGGUGUCCGUUUCAUUCCCGGUGCCGGGAAGUGUUUCUCCGUGACUCUCUUACCUCGAAGCGCAACGGACAAAGUGAACGUGUGUGCGAGUCUCGUCGAACGUCGCCCGUCGGAUCGUAGACGCGUGUGGCGAAGAUCGCCGCUUCCGUCGUCGUCGAAAAGCGGGCUAGCGAUCCCACACCUGGACAAGCACGAUGCUCGCGUCGGCGCGCGACGCUCGCGUCCCGCCGACCGCCCGCGCCGCCUCCGCCGCCACCGCCGCGAGGCGCGCGUUACCCGAACCGAGUGAAGGCGGCCGCGAGUGAUGCGCGAGGGCGCGCGCGCGAUUCCGUGGUCACACUGUCGUGCCGAUUCGCCGCCGUCGCCGCCGCGGCGGCCGUUAGAGCGAGCGAGGAAGUCGACGCGGCGAGGUCGGCGGCCGCUCCGAGAAGGAGUCCGGAUUGCCGAAGAGAAGAAGUGACGCGAAACUACCCGGCGGUGGUCGGAAGUCCGGAGUUUCGAGAGCUUUCGAGAGAUCGAGCGUGUCGGUUGGCGAAUGUGUUCAGAGUGUAAAAUUUCGGUUGAUGUAUUUACGUUUACGUUUACGGAUUGCGGGAGGAUUGCACGCUGAGAGCAACGAGGGGGUGCGAAUGAAUCUCCACGAAAUCCGAGAUUAAUCGGCGAGGGAAAGAGAGAGACGGAGGAACAUAGAGGAGGACGGGUGGCGAGGCCUUUCGCCCGUGAGUCCCACUGAUCUGAUUCGCGGCGGCACUCUUUUGCAUCUCGCGAUACCUCCGGUGAAGGCGUCGAUCGUCGGCCAGCUGCCUCCGCUCGAGAAACGAAUGGGACGAUACGCAAAUACCGUUGACCUUCAAGAGCGUUUGAAAAACGUCGCUUGAAUCUUCGACUCCAUCGCGAGUGUUUGUUUUUGUGCCGGCGAGAGGGCGCGGAGGAGACUCAAGUGCUAAACUCCGGAAACCUCUGCUUCGUUGUUUUGUGAAAUUAACAGUGAUUUUCGCGCGAGCUGCCAACGCGCGAGGAUCUUUGCCGUGUGUCGAUUUUCGAGGCGAUAACCGUACGAUCGUUUCUCUCGUGUGGACCAAGUGCGGUUACGUGUGAAAUACGACGCAACACUACUCGCCAGUGUUUUGAUUUAGCGGCCGAUCACCGAGCUGCCGUGUGUCUGGAACGGUGUGCAACGAAUCGACGGCGGCGGCGGCGGCGGUGGCGGCGGCAGGACAGCAGCUGCUGAAGCGAAGAGGAAGCGGUUUGCGCGCAGCUAGGAGAGGGCAGGUACCAUUUGGAGCAGGAGAUAAAGCGCCCAUCGAGAUGAAGACCACACAACGAGCUCUUAGCUUCGACGAGACGUCGAUGGACAGCUGCAUAUUGGCUACCAUCGACGAGGGCCGCCGAGUCAGUGACUUGUCGGGCGAGUCGAUGAAGGACAGUAACGAGGUGGAAGUGACGUCAUUGGAGGAAGCCAAGUCGGUCAUAGCGGCACUCAGAGCGAGACAGCGGGCACAAGCUCACCAAAUGCUCGCCUGGCGAAGGACCCUUAAAUUGCAGGAGGACCUGGUGGCCCGACUGACGCGGGAGAAAGCCGAGCAGCUGCGGACGUUGUCGUCGCAGCUUCUGCUGUUCGAGUCUAGGCUCUGCAGGAAGCAGAAGGAGAUCGAGGCUAGUCUGAGUCAGCGAGAAUCUAUUAUUCUGCGACAACAAAGGGUGAUCCGGCAAUUACAGAGCAGAUUGGCGGAGAGGAGCACGAGCACUAGGGACUCGCCACCCUGCGACGCCCUGGACAGAUUGGACAGUCUCGGGGACAGCGAUAGUGCCGUGGUGCUCGAGGAGACCGCGGACGAUCCUGCCCCACCCAGAUUUCGUUCUAAUAUUACCGAUGUAACUGUGAUCCGUUCCGUAUCCGACGCGGUGGAACCAUCGAACAAGUAUUCGUCGAUGCGACGGUGCAACGGAUUCCUCAGAAGACCGGAGAUCCUGGAAACCGUGUAUUCCGUAGAAGAGGAUGGUGACAGCGAGAAUAAUCAGGAUCCGUCGGAGUCGACAGAGAACUCCGAGUACGAAGAUAAGAGAAUGAAAAACUUGGGUAACGGAAAAGGCAGGCUCCAGGAUCUCUACGGCAGUUUCGAGAGGCUGGCUCAAGAUACGGAUUCUUCGCCCAGCGAAAGGCCCAGAGAUGAAAGCCAGCAGGCGCAGGUGACGUACAAUAGGGUAAUGAGUAAUCAUAGGUCCGUGACGAAGCCAAAAGAUGUGAAAUACAAGAGGAUAAAUAAGGCAAAAUCGAAAAGUCUCGAGGAACUCAGAGGACGUCUUAGAAAUUGGGUCGAGAAAGGGAAUAAAAUAGCUAUAUCGUUGGAUCAGUCAUAUGCUUGAGCUUAAUUACUAUCCCCGUAUAUGAAAGUAUAAAUAUAAAUUAUUAUUUUAUGAACGAUUGUGUAAUGAUUGUUGUUAAACGUGUAACGCCUGAAAUUGUAAUUUUACUUGUAAGAUUAAGAAAUGGACUUUUAUCUUUAGUAAAGUUGCUACGGUAUUUAAUUGAAA